UCGGGAACCUGCCACGGCAGCCGGACCUUGCCUCGCCAUGAAGGGUCCCCUGCUCGGAGCUAUGUUCUCCCGGCAUGUCAAGCGGCACCCCGGGCUCAUUCCCCUCAUUGGCUUCAUCAGCGUUGGCAUGGGCAGUGCUGUCCUCUACUUGCUGAGGCUGGCCCUGUACAGCCCUGAUGUCAGCUGGGACCGAAAGAACAAUCCUGAGCCCUGGAAUAAGCUGAGCCCCACGGACCAGUACAAAUUCCUGGCAGUUUCCACUGACUACAAGAACCUGAAGAAGGAGCGCCCCAGCUUCUGAGCUGCCCCCCCCAGGUCUGAUGUGCUGGGGCAAGGAAAAAUGUGCCCCCCCACACACACCUCCAGCAGCACCCCUCCAGCUCCAUGGCAGUCACCACGCAUCCAUCUGCUUCUUCAGCACCCCCAAACCUUGGGGCUGUGGGUCCCCCCCCAAAUAAACACAUCACUGUGGGUGCCACAA